AUGCCGGGGGUCGAUCGCGCGGGCGUCGCGCGACGGUCGAGGCGCGGGCGACGCGCGCUGCGGACGCUCGCGGCGGUGAUCGCGUCGGUGGCGCUGAGCGAGCGCAUCGCGCACGCGCGGGCGGGGAACGUCGCGAGCGCGGUGUUGCGAGCGACGAGCGGGACGCCGAGCGGGACGAGCGAUACCGCGUCGGUGGCGGUGGCGUCGGAUGGGUCGACGACGACGACGACGACGGCGAGCGAGAGCGAUGGGGAGGUGGCGGAGGAGUUGGACGCCGCGCGAGGCGAGAGCGCGACCGCGGCGGCGAUUCGGCGAGGCGCGAAGGUGCGCUUGACCGAGGCUCGAGCUCGGGAGCUCACUCGAGGACCAAUGAUGGCGAUAUACGGCGGGUUGGAGGAGACGGGCGUGACGACGAACGCGCUGGACGUGCUCGCCGGGAGCUCGAGCGGGGACUACUUGGUGUGGUGCCACCGCGGCGAUCACGUCCCCGCGGGCGCGGCGCCUGCGCUCGCGAGUAUGGGCACGGCGACGCACUCGAUCGAUGGUAAGGCUUUCUUUCACGGUGGAUACAAGAUCUGGGACAAUGGAAGCGAAUUUGAGGAUGUGUCGACGACGCACUCUUUCAACAUGAAGGAGGGCGCGUUCGAGUGCCUCACCGCGGGCGACUCUAAGGAUAGCAGAGCCGCGCUCGGGAAGACACAUGGUAAGUGCCCCAAACUUGGUGGCAUCCAGACGGGUAAGCGUGACGAGGAGGUCGCGGUCGUGACGGCGAGGCCGAUUCGUUUACCGAAAGUGACCGGUACAAGCGCGGAGCGCCAGCAUGUGGCCGCGCUCGGUAAGCAUAUGGCAUCGCCGGAACUCCCAGCCUUGGACGUCGACGAAGACGAAGACGAGAAAUCGUCCGCGAAUGUUGAGGCGACUGAUGCCGACUUGGGUAGUCAAGAAAAGCAACACGCGUUGAUUAUUUUCGGUGGUCGCGAUGAGAACGACGAGCGUUUGGAUAGCGUCUACGCUCUCGGUCUCAGCGACAAAAAGUGGCGUAAAAUUGAAUACGAGUUGCCACCGCAACGCGAUGAUAUGGUUCCUCAGGGGCCAUUCGAGAUGCCGCUUAUCAUUAAGAACGCCCACAAGGACGGCAAGCCGUUUCCUCUUGGAAGAUCUGGCGCAACUGCGGUGGUGACGAAGGACAACAAGAUGAUCAUCUAUGGUGGGUUCGUCGUGGAAGGUCGACUUGGAUUUAAUGUCGGCGAAACGCUCGUGCUCGACUUGGACAACAUGAAGUUCAGCUAUCCGAUGGCGAGCGGUAAUAUCCCUGUCCGUCGUAAUAAGCACUCCGCUGUAUUGGAUGAUAAGGACCGCAUGUGGGUAUGGGGUGGCUCCGUCUGGGAUCACACUGGCGGUAGCUCGACGUAUGCGUCAACCGCCACCUAUUACGCCGACGUGAGCGAUACAAAGUCGAUCGUUUGGCAUCGGGUUGAGACAAAGGGUAAACCACCGAGCCAGCGACGUUUCCACACCGCGCUAAUCCAAGACGGUGGCUUGUACAUCAUCGGUGGUGAGGAUUAUCGCACUCGCACGUACUUGAGUGAUGUCCAUAGACUUGAUCUCAACUCUCUCACUUGGACCCAGCCCGCUGUCCUUGGCGGCAUCAAGGGAGGCAGGAUCCGUGCCAGCGCGUUCACAUGGAUUUCGGACGCUCCUGACGAGGAAACAGCGAACAAGGACGCCGAGCAAGAGCGUCAAGCGAACCUCGGUCGCUCUCAUCACCGCAGCUCGUACGAUGAUGGUGAAGAUGACGACGAAGCCAAGCACAUGUCAAAGCACGAUGACGGUGAGCAUAAAAGUCAACACCGAACCGACCACAAAGUCAACACGGAUGAAGGUGAUGUGGAAGAAACAUCUGUUAAGGGGGUGGAGAAGAAGUCGAGCGUCAAAGUUGAAGAGGACAAAGAACCCUCGACGCCGCGCGCGACGACGGAUAAGGAUGAAUCGAAAGAUGACACCGAUUCCGACGCCGAGAAGGAGACUGCGCACCUUGGCAUCAUUGACCCCGCGACGUGCGGGACUGGAGAGCCAGCGCGCGUACGCACGGGGGAGCAUCAGCCCGACAUCGAGCACCUAGUCUCGGUUCUUGUUGAUGGUUCUAAGGCGCCUUCUGAGAACGGUGAAUUGGGUGAAAACACAGAUCCAAACAGUGUUUCGACUCGUCUUGCGAAAGACGGUUGGCUUCCGAACACUGCACGUGGCUCGUCCAUUAUGACAGAGUCGAGUAUGAUUUGGCGAAAAGCACCGGAUGUUGGUGCAAGUGAGUCUCUUCCUGGAUGGGUCAGUGACGAAGCUGGCCGUGAUAAGUCAAUUCUCACCGAGACUCUCAGUGCUGAUCCAGAAGCGUCGAGCAUCGAGUCUCGUCUUCUGGAAGCUGUCAAGUCCGCUAGCGCUGCGAACACGAGGCUCAAAGCGAACGGGCCUGGCAAAGACGAAGAAAAGACCAAUGAUGUGAAAGCGACAAAAAAAUCCGAUGACGACGAUGACGACGAUGAGAAGGAAUCGACGCCAGCAGUCGUGAAAUCCGAUGAGACGAAGCAUAAGAAUAUUGAAAAGCACGCGAAGGGAGAUGUCACUCACGCGACGACUUCGAAGGAGAAAUCAAAACCUCAUGACGACGACGACGACGACGACGACGACGACGACGACGACGACGACGACGACGACGACGACGACGACGACGACGACGACGACGACGACGACGACGACGACGACGACGACGACGACGAUGAUGAGACCGAAUCGAAGAAAACUCACAGGAAACACGAGGAUGCGGACGAUUCUGACCGACCCGCUCACAAGAAACACGACUCGGAGAAGGACGUAUCGAAGCACAGAAAGCACGAUUCAGAGGAGGAUGAGGACGAUUCUAGUCACAAGCACCAUAGUUCGCACAGUCCUCAGAAAAAGGAAGCCGAGGAAGAAGGCAAUCACCGUUCCCACGACAGUUCUCAUGUGCAUCUCUCCGCAGCGGCGAGGAUGUUAGAGAAGAUCAGUGCAAGGAACGCUAAGGAAUCAGCGGAAGCCAGUCUGGGGAGAGUUAAUGAUGUUGUCAGGCGUGAGAGUUCAGAGCCUCGAUACGAAAAGUACUUCUGGAGUGGACUUGCGGUCACCGCACUUGCGGCGGCUCUCUUCAUAAACACUCGAGCCAUGCGACGACGAUCUGAAAAUUCUGUUGAGAGGAUCCCUCUGGUUACGAGUUCUUCGUCCAUAUUUGAGUCGCCCAACAGGAGUGCCAAGUGGCAACGAGAAGCGAUGGCUCGUCGAGGUUACGCCGAACAGUACUCUAGAGGAUUCGGAACGAGUGAUUCUGAGGCCAGCGCUGUGUGA